AUGGAGAGUUUGACAGUUGGAUGGAUAGGCACUGGAGUCAUGGGAGGUCCUAUGUGUGGGCAUCUUAUGGAUAAGAAGGGGUACAAGACUUUGGUGUAUAAUAGGACUAAGGGGAAAGCAGAUGAUGUUGUAGAGAAAGGAGCGGAGUUUAAAGAGCCUCAGGAAAUUGCGAAGGAAGCUGACUUUGUGUUCUUGAUGCUUGGAUAUCCUCAUGAUGUAGAAGCUAUGACUCUUGGACCAGAUGGAAUUGUGCAGCAUAUGAAAGAAGGAGCCGUGCUUAUUGAUCACACCACUAGUUCUCCAAAGUUAGCUGAGCAAAUCCAUGAGGAAGCUAAAAAGAGAGGGGUUGGAUCUAUUGAUGCCCCAGUCUCAGGAGGAGAUAUUGGAGCUAAAAAUGGACAAGUAGUAGCUAUGUGUGGAGGUGAUCAGGAAACAUUUGAUAAAGCACUCCCUUUGAUGGAAACAUAUUCCAAAGCAGCAAAGUUAAUGGGAGAUGCUGGUAAAGGUCAACAUACUAAGUGCGUUAACCAGAUAAUGAUUGCUUCUACUAUGGUUGGUCUCUCAGAAGCAAUGAUUUAUUCACAUAAGGCAGGACUUGAAAUUUCACCUUGGAUCGAACUUCUUAAUGGAGGAGCUGCUGGAUCAUUCUCUCUUGAAAAGCUUGGCCCAAGAAUGCUAAAGAGAGACUUUGACCCAGGAUUUUAUGUCGAGCAUUUUAUUAAAGAUUUGGGAAUCGCAUUAGAAGAAGCAAAGAAUAUGGGCCUCUCAGUUCCAGGAACAUCAAGCGCUCAUCAACUCUAUCUUUCACUAUCUGCUAAUGGAGGAAGUAGAGAUGGAACUCAAGCUAUUUUGAAAGUAUUUGAGAGCUUAAACGGACUUGAGCUACCUGCUCAACAAGAUGAAUAG